GGAAACUACUCUCCCUUUUAUUUCUCAUUCUUUAUAAAUAAUUGAAACGAGGAAGAAUCAAUCAGAAAGCAGAGAAGAAGACCUUCCAACAACCAUGAGAGAGAGAGAGAGAGAGAGAGAGAGAGAGAGAGGGUUGAUCAUAUUUAAGGUAUUCUUAUUAUUGGGUGCAUGGUCAUAUCCACAUCUAAGCCCCCUUCUUCUUGUUCUUAUUCUACUUCUGGUGUGGGUAGAGUUCUAGGGAUCAAUAGAGGAUGAUGGCUAAGCCAAAGGAUUCAAGAAGGCUGACAGCUACUGUUAUAUCUUCAAUGUGCUUGAUUAUGUUCCCACUGAUAUAUGCUUUACUCUUCCCUUUGGAUGUCUCCCAAUUUGAUUACUGGAAACAGAUAUCAAACUGGGGCAGUAGUGGUGGUGAUGGUGCAGGUCUAAGUGAAAGAAAUAUGGAGCAUGGAAGCGUGGAAGAUAUAGAUUCUCUCAAGUUCUUGCUAAGAAGACUAGUAAGAGGUAGAGAUCGAACGGAGCUUGAAACCACCGGCUUCGCCUGCAAAUCUGAUCUCAUCACCGACGUAUGUGUUGCCAACCAGCUUGUAAGGUUGGAUACACAUUGGCAAACCACACGUUCAUUGAUUGUCUACUUAUCAUCCAACGACUCUUCACAGCCACAGCCACGCACGGUUAAGCCAUACGCAAGGAAGAAUGACCCGGCAGCCAUGAAAUUAGUCAAGCCAGUGGAGAUACAGACACUGACGCCGCCCAACGCCACCGCCACCCAAGGGCAGAAGCAGCCACCAGCUUGUGAUGUAACCCAUGAUGUUCCCGCGUCGUCUUCUCCUCCGGCGGUUACACCGGUAACAUCUUCCAUGAAAUCAACGACAUCAUCCUCCCACUAUUCAUCACUUCCCGUCAGUUCCGAUCCCAACUAAGGUUCGUCGUCACCGAUUACAAAAUGACGUGGGUGAAUAAAUACCACCACGUCCUCUCCCAUUUGUCCGACUACAAGAUCAUCAACCCAGUAAGAGACGGUCGUGUACACUGCUUUCCGGCGGCCGUGAUUGGGUUAAACUACCACGACAAUCUCGCUUGCAACGUUAGUGAACUACCGGUUGGGUGUGUAACCAUGGACUUCAAACGAUUCCUUCACAACGCCUUCCACCUCAGAUUCAUCAACGUGGAUCUCAUAGAAGAAGAGAAGCCUCUCCUUAUCCUGCUUUCACGUCAGAAUUCACGGAGGUUCUUGAACGAAGAUGAGAUAGUGAAGGUGGCAAAUGAAUUAGGGUUCCGAGUGAAGGUAGCUUUGCCGAAUCAGACUUCGAAUCUCGAAGAGUUUGCUGAGUUAGUGAACUCAUGUAGUGUGAUGGUGGGUGCCCAUGGUGCCGGACUUACAAACGCAGUGUUCUUGCCGGCGGAAGCGGUGUUGGUACAGGUGGUGCCGUUAGGGUUGGAUCUUCUUUCCAAUGUCUACUAUGGUAAGACUUUUAUUCCGAUGGGUAUACGGUAUUUGGAGUAUAAGAUCCGACCGGAAGAGAGUACACUCUUGGACGUGUACGGUUCGGAUCACCCGGUCAUCAGGGAUCCAAAGUCCAUACAUCGCAAAGGGUAUUUAACUGCGAGGAAGGUGUACUUAAGUGGGCAGGAUCUGAAGCUUAUGCCUCUCAGGUUUAGGGAAACCCUUGUAGAGGCACUUAGACUUCUUGGACGCUAAAGCACACAACAUUUGCCAUUUUGUUAGUGGCAUAUUUAUGUAAUUAUUGUGAUUUGGUUCAGAGUUUUUUUUUUUUUUUUUGCUAUGUAACAACGGUUGAUUAAACCCGAGUCUAUCACCAUUCAUUGGUUUUAAA